UCUCUCUCUCUCUCUGGUGAUCGUGUGUCUCCGGGUCUGGUCCGGUGACUCCGCCCCGGCAGCUCCUCCAGCUGCCGCCUGUGUGCUGCGUGUUUGGGAUUGUUGUGAUGAGGAGGCCGCAGCCAUCUUGGAUCAGCGCCGCUUCGCACCGAGCAGCAGCAGUGGAGGGAGGACGACGUGAACGGCAAAGCUAGCGUUGGUUAGCUCCUCGAUCCGGCAAAACCCGCGACCUGUCUCCGCGACAAUGCUCCGCGAACGUCCCCUUCCUCCGCCAGCUGCAGCUUUGAACGCGUGAGAGAAAAUGGGAGAAAGCAGCGUGAGGCGUUCAACGUAAUAGUUCCGGAGGAGGAAGGUGGGAGGAGGCGACGACGGAGCAGAUCCUCGGUCUAUGUCUUCACAUUUCUGGAUAGAGGAGUUACUAUGAAUGGAGGAUAAAUGUUGCCGAAGGCUGACAGCAGCAGUUUCGUCCUCUUCUCUCUCCUCUUCGUCCUCACGCUAACGGACCCACUACGGACAGGUCCACGGCUAGCUCUGGCAAGAUUAUUGUCAGAGCAGCGCUGCAGCCCCGGGCAGUUUGCCUGCCGCAGUGGGAAGAUGCAGUGUAUCCCAAUGUCCUGGCAGUGCGACGGCUGGACAGCAUGCGAGGACAAGAGUGACGAGAUGGACUGUCCCCCUGUAAAGGAGGAGAGGUUUCGGUUUGGUAAUGGAUACGACCAGGUAGAAGACGUCAUUGGUGUGGCGCAGCCUGUGCGCUUCAACAAGAAAUGCCCCAGCGGGUGGCACCACUACGAGAAGACAGCCAGCUGUUACAAAGUGUACCUGCGGAACGAGAACUACUGGCAGGCCGUGGACACUUGUCAGAAAGUCAACGGCUCACUGGCCACGUUCGUGACCAACGAGGAGCUGCAGUUCAUCCUGAAGAUCGAGGUGGACUUUGACGAUAAAGUCUGUGAGCGCAAAGACCAGUGCAAGUUUUGGGUGGGCUACCAGUAUGUCAUCACCAAUCAGAACCACUCCCUGGAGGGCCGCUGGGAGGUAGCCUAUAAAGGAUCAAUGCAGGUAUUUCUGCCACCCGAGGGUCUCACCAGUGUCGGGGAGGCGUCUCCCACCCAGGAAAACGUCUUCUGUGCUCAGCUCCAGCGCUUUCAGAUCAAAAGCAUGAAUGAACGAGGCCUUCACAGUUGGCACGCUGAGAACUGCUACAAAAAGUUCCCCUUUCUCUGCAAGAGGAGACAAACGUGUGUGGAUAUAAAAGACAAUGUCGUAAACGAGGGCUACUACUUCACCCCUAAGGGGGACGACCCGUGUCUGAGCUGCACGUGUCAUGACGGCGAGCCUGAGAUGUGUGUGGCAGCGCUGUGCGAGCGGCCGCAGGGCUGCCAGCACUUCCGCAAGGAUCCUAAAGAGUGCUGCAAGUUCACCUGCCUGGACCCAGAAGGAAACAGUCUGUUUGACUCGAUGGCCAGUGGAAUGAGACUGAUCGUCAGCUGCAUCUCAUCCUUCCUCAUCCUCUCCCUGCUGCUCUUCAUGGUGCACAGACUCCGACAGCGACGACGCGAACGCAUCGAAACACUGAUUGGAGGAAAUUUGCACCACUUUAACCUUGGAAGACGAGUCCCUGGCUUUGAUUACGGCCCGGACGCCUUUGGCACCGGUCUCACUCCCCUGCAUCUGUCUGAUGAUGGAGAGGGAGGAGCUUUUCAUUUCCAAGAGCCUCCGCCUCCGUACGCAGCCUACAAAUACCCCGACAUCCAGCACCCCGAUGACCCCCCUCCUCCGUACGAGGCCUCCAUCAACCCGGACAGCCUCCUCUACGUGGACCUCGGACACAGCAGGGUUUCCAUGGUGCCGAGCCAGAUGAACGCCAUGGGAGACGGCCUGCAGGCAGAUAUUCCCAACACGUCUUGCCCCAUGCCAGGCUCAGCGCCGUCCACUCAGGAGAGGGAGGACUCCAUAGAUAGCAGCACUCUCCUGGUGGGGCCUGACACGCCGACAGAUGGCCACACUCCCGCUUCCAUGCCCGCAGACUGCACCUCCCUCAGCACCGUGGUAUAGGCCUGUGGACGGACGGCAUGGAGCUGCACCUGGACAUUACCUGCUGGUGGAGGAAGGUCAUGAGAACGUCCUGCACACAGGAGAGGACACAGCACGUUGUUGUGUCAUUUAUCUAAAAUGCUGACGGCAGAGAGGAGCGUUAUUGUUUGUACAGACGAAUCAGACGGUGGAGCAGCCUGCUCUCUUUAAGGUGACGGGAUCGAUGCCCUCAUUCUGAAAAUUGUGCAGUUGGACUUUUGAAAUUGUUUCUGUUUUUUUUCACCAGCAUCCGAGGCAGCAGAGAGGACUGUCUCUGUACAGAGAAGAGAAACACUACAAUCUGAGACAGCGACACUUUUACUUUUAGCGUCGACUGAGCGAAGCUUUUUGAAAACAUCUCAGAGUUGACCUGCCCGGUCGAGACGCCCUGAUGUAAAUACCCCCCUCAGGUCUGUGCCAGUCCGAUUUGUAAUACUUGUGUGUUUUAGUCCCGCACAAGACGGGGAAAAAAAGACAGCCGGACAGUGAAGCCAGCUUUUGUUCCUUGUGCUUUUCUCUUUGCAUCAUACUGUUAAACAUCUGCAAACUAAUGUUCCCAUCAGCCCCGUCUGCCGCAGCAUGUCCCAGAACAAGAUUUCUACUCGCUCGUCCAAACCUUCUGUCCACUCACUUUCUUAUUAGUCUGAUACAUGAAACCGUCUUCCAGGUUUAUAGCUCAUAUUUGCAUCAAGAGAUGUUUUCUAGUUCGGAGGUUUAACCUCCUUAAGAAGGUACGAUUAGUUCCCUCCUGUAAGGUUUUUCUGAGCUGACACGAGGCGUUCUGUAUCAGCGGAUGUUGUAGUACUGAUAAAUACUGAAUUUAUGUUUCUGUUCGACGAUAAUUUAUGACUGCAGCCUGUAAUAUUGAUUGAUUUAUUUUGGGACGGACGCAGCCUCACAUCCUAACUGUGUGGCGAGCUGUGUGCAGUUAAGGAAUGAUACGUCGUUAAAUUUGAGGAGAAAAGUUUAUUUAAAAUAACAUUUUCGAUCGUAAAGUUGUUAAAUUACGCAGUGUUGUUACUUCAUCAACUCUUCACAGAGUAGUUGGGAAAAGAUCCUUGUUUAGUGACGAAGUUCAUCCCUUGAUUAAAUUAUUAUUAUUUUUUUUAUUUGGAAAGUUGAUUUGUCAUUUGUCACAUUUGAAUGCUUCCUCUCCGCGUGUGUGUGUGCGCGUGUGUGUGUGUGUUUCUUCUCUCAGUACAUUUGUCAUCCAGCUUGUUUUUCAGCUACUGAUGGAGAUGACGUCACUGACUGUAGAUGUGAAUGGUUUCUGUUUUGGUGUUGACGGGUCUGUUGUUCUUGUUUCUCUGUGGGAUUGCAGUUAAAAAAAAAAGUGUAAUAAAGGAAAAGUGUAAACUGUAUAUUUUGAAGUUUGCCCCCCCGGUUAUGACGACAAUCGUUUGACUCACUCGAGGAUGAAUUUUAUCAGACGAGCCACAACCACCAGCAUCCAGCAAGCUUUUGUUAUGAAGUUUAUGAAAGCAGUUGUAAACGUGUCUGAAUGACUGUGCACAUCUGUUUCAUGUUCUUUCUAUCGCUAUUUUCCCAUUAUUCCAGCAUAUUGACAAUCCACAGUGGAUUAUCCAUCAAACAAAAUCUCAUGAAUUGUCGGAAACGUAACAUGCAUGUGUGUAUAGGAGGUGGUGCACCGGUCUGGGUUCCUUUAUUUUCUCAUCAAGCUUGUUUGGUUAAAAUGUUUUGACCUGCAGUGCAUGUUUUGAAUCCUCUGGCAUGCUGAGAGAUUUUGAUUUUUGUUUUAUUUUGAUUUUUAAAAAACUUUGAUGGAUAUAUUUUAAACAGUGUGUCCUGUACAGUCGGUUCAAACUUCCUGCAUAUAGUUUCAAAUUCUCCGUAUGCAUCCACAACCCGCCCAAGACCCGGACAGCAGCAUUUACACUGUAGAUUCUGUGCGAGACUAUGGUGGUGUGAGAACUAACUUUAUUGGAUUUUGAAAUGUUUUAUGUAAAAUAUGACAAACACUUUGUUUUACUGUCUUUUAUUUCUUUAGCCUUUUAAAUUUUACAAAAUGCUUCAUUUGCAGACGGGAAGGAGGGGCUUGUGUUUUCUUUUUCUGAGGUAGAUGUACAUCUAAUCAAAUGCCAAAUAAAUUGCACCAUGAAGGA